GAGUGGAAGGCAAAAUGGCGGCGGCGGCGGUGGACUGGUGCUGAGGGGAGAGCCAGGUCCCCGCGACCCCCGCGACGGGCCGCGCUGGCCCGAGGCAGCCCCCCGGCGUGUGUCCCCGCCCUGCACCACCAGGGAUAUUUGGGGUCCCUGGGACGGGCUCCGGCCGCCUGGGCGCCAGCCCUCGGGCCCGUGGCCGCUGUCCAGGAGCCUCGCUUUCCCCUGCAGGGUUAAUUAUUUCGAUUGUAAAGAAUUUCAUCAUUCCUGGUGACUUCUGCUAAGGAUCUUUUUCAGUUUUGCUCAAGAGAAAGCUCUGAAUCUAUCAAGUAGCUCUUAAAGAAGUCCUUUGUGUGGGUUAUAAAUAUAGAUGUUUUCAUGAAGAGGAGUGAAAAGCCAGAAGGAUAUAGACAAAUGAGGCCUAAGACCUUUCCUGCCAGUAACUAUUCUGGCAGUAGCCGGCAAAUGUUGCAAGAAAUUCGGGAAUCCCUUAGGAAUUUAUCCAAACCAUCAGAUGCUGCUAAAGCUGAGCAUAACAUAAGUAAAAUGUCAACUGAAGAUCCUCGACAAGUUAGAAAUCCACCCAAAUUUGGGACCCAUCAUAAAGCCUUACUGGAAAUUCGAAACUCUCUACAACCGUUUGCAAAUGAAACAAGUCGGAGUACUUCAGAAGUUAAUCCACAAAUGCUUCAAGAUUUGCAAGCUGCUGGAUUUGAUGAGGAUAUGGUUAUACAAGCUCUUCAGAAAACUAACAACAGAAGUAUAGAGGCAGCAAUUGAAUUCAUUAGUAAAAUGAGUUACCAGGAUCCUCGCCGGGAACAGAUGGCUGCAGCAGCUGCCAGACCUCUCAAUGCCAGCUUGAAACCAGGGAGUGUGCAACAACCAGUUAACCGCAAACAAAGCUGGAAAGGUUCCAAAGAAUCCUUAGUUCCUCAGAGACAUGGCCCACCACUAGGAGAAAGCGUGGCCUAUCGUUCCGAAAGUCCCAACUCACAGACAGAUGUAGGAAGACCUUUGUCAGGAUCUGGUAUAACAGCAUUUGCUCAAGCCCACCCAAGCAACGGACAGAGGGUGAACCCCCCACCACCUCCUCAAGUAAGGAGUGUCACUCCUCCCCCACCUCCCAGAGGCCAGACUCCCCCUCCAAGAGGUACAACUCCACCUCCUCCCUCGUGGGAACCAAACUCUCAAACAAAGCGCUAUUCCGGAAACAUGGAAUAUGUAAUCUCCCGAAUCUCUCCAGUUCCACCUGGAGCCUGGCAGGAGGGCUAUCCUCCACCGCCUCUGAACACGUCCCCAAUGAAUCCUCCUAAUCAGGGACAGAGAGGCAUUAGUUCUGUUCCUGUUGGCAGACAACCUAUCAUCAUGCAGAGUUCCAACAAAUUUAACUUUCCACCAGGAAGACCUGGAAUUCAGAAUGGUAGCGGUCAAACUGAUUUUAUGAUACACCAAAAUGUCCCUGCUGGCACUGUGAAUCGGCAGCCGCCCCCUCCGUAUCCUCUGACCCCAACUAAUGGACAGAGCUCUUCUGCUUUACAAACAGGGGGAUCUGCUGCCCCUUCAUCAUAUACAAAUGGAAAUAUUCCCCAAUCUAUGAUGGUGCCAAACAGAAACAGUCAUAACAUGGAACUUUAUAACAUUAAUGCACCUGGACUGCAAACAACGUGGCCUCAGUCAUCUUCUGCUCCAGCCCAGUCAUCCCCAAGCGGUGGGCAUGAAAUCCCCACAUGGCAACCUAACAUACCAGUGAGGUCAAAUUCCUUUAAUAACCCGUUAGGAAAUAGAACAAGUCAUUCUGCUAAUUCUCAGCCCUCAGCUACAACAGUCACUGCAAUUACACCAGCUCCUAUUCAACAGCCUGUGAAAAGUAUACGUGUAUUAAAACCAGAGCUACAGACUGCGUUAGCACCUACACACCCUUCUUGGAUACCCCAGCCAAUUCAAACGGUUCAACCUAGUCCUUUUUCUGAGGGUACCACUUCAAAUAUGACUGUUAUGCCUCCUGUUGCUGAGGCUCCAAAUUAUCAAGGCCCACCUCCACCUUACCCAAAACAUCUGCUACACCAAAACCCAUCUGUUCCCCCAUAUGAAUCAAUCAGUAAAUCUAGCAAAGAGGAUCAGCCCAGCUUGCCCAAGGAAGAUGAGAGUGAAAAAAGUUACGAAAAUAUGGAUGGUGGGGAUAAAGAAAAGAAACAGAUUACAACUUCACCCAUCACUGUUAGGAAAAACAAGAAAGAUGAAGAGCGAAGGGAAUCUCGUAUUCAAAGUUACUCUCCUCAGGCCUUUAAAUUCUUUAUGGAGCAACAUGUAGAAAAUGUACUCAAAUCUCAUCAGCAACGGCUACAUCGGAAAAAACAGUUAGAGAAUGAAAUGAUGCGGGUUGGACUAUCUCAAGAUGCCCAGGAUCAAAUGAGAAAGAUGCUUUGCCAAAAAGAGUCUAAUUAUAUCCGUCUUAAGAGGGCUAAAAUGGACAAGUCUAUGUUUGUGAAGAUAAAGACACUAGGAAUAGGAGCAUUUGGUGAAGUCUGUCUAGCAAGAAAAGUAGAUACUAAGGCUUUGUACGCAACAAAAACUCUUCGAAAGAAAGAUGUUCUGCUUCGAAAUCAAGUCGCUCAUGUUAAAGCUGAGAGAGAUAUCCUGGCUGAAGCUGACAAUGAAUGGGUAGUUCGUCUAUAUUAUUCAUUCCAAGAUAAGGACAAUUUAUACUUUGUAAUGGACUAUAUUCCUGGGGGUGAUAUGAUGAGCCUAUUAAUUAGAAUGGGCAUCUUUCCAGAAAAUCUGGCACGAUUCUACAUAGCAGAACUUACCUGUGCCGUUGAAAGUGUUCAUAAAAUGGGUUUUAUUCAUAGAGAUAUUAAACCUGAUAAUAUUUUGAUUGAUCGUGAUGGUCAUAUUAAAUUGACUGACUUCGGCCUCUGCACUGGCUUCAGAUGGACACAUGAUUCUAAGUACUAUCAGAGUGGUGACCAUCCACGCCAAGAUAGUAUGGAUUUCAGUAAUGAAUGGGGUGACCCUUCUAACUGUCGAUGUGGAGAUAGAUUGAAGCCAUUGGAGCGGAGAGCUGCACGCCAACACCAGCGGUGUCUUGCACAUUCGUUGGUUGGGACACCCAAUUAUAUUGCACCUGAAGUGUUGUUACGAACAGGCUAUACACAGUUAUGUGAUUGGUGGAGUGUUGGUGUAAUUCUUUUUGAAAUGUUGGUGGGUCAACCUCCUUUCUUGGCACAAACACCAUUAGAAACACAAAUGAAGGUUAUCAACUGGCAAACAUCUCUUCACAUUCCACCUCAAGCUAAACUGAGUCCUGAAGCCUCUGAUCUUAUUAUUAAACUUUGCCGAGGACCAGAAGAUCGCUUAGGCAAGAAUGGAGCUGAUGAAAUAAAAGCUCAUCCAUUUUUUAAAACAAUUGAUUUCUCCAGUGACCUGAGACAGCAAUCUGCUUCAUACAUUCCUAAAAUCACACACCCAACAGAUACAUCAAAUUUUGAUCCUGUUGAUCCUGAUAAGUUAUGGAGUGAUGAUAAUGAGGAAGAAAAUGUAAACGACACUCUCAACGGAUGGUAUAAAAAUGGAAAGCACCCUGAACAUGCUUUCUAUGAAUUUACCUUUCGGAGGUUUUUUGAUGACAAUGGCUACCCAUAUAAUUACCCAAAGCCUAUUGAAUAUGAAUAUAUUAAUUCACAAGGCUCAGAGCAACAGUCAGAUGAAGAUGAUCAACACACAGGCUCAGAGAUCAAAAAUCGUGAUCUAGUGUAUGUUUAACACACUAGGAAAUGUAAUGAGGAUUUGCAAAAAGACCUGAAACGCAGAGUUUUUUGAGGCUCCGAGAGUAAAAUUAUGCAAAUGUGACAGAGCUAUGUAUGAGUGCUCUGUGUACAAUAUUUUAUGUUCCUAAAUUAUGGAAAAUCUUUUUUAAAUGUUAAUUUAUUCCAGCCUUUUUAAUCAGUAAUUUAGAAAAAAAAAUUGUUAUAAAGAAAAUAAAUUAUGAACUGAAUAUUAUAGUCAGUUCUUGGUACUUAAAGUACUUAAAAAUAAAAAAAAAUAGUGCUUUGUUUAAAAGGAGAAACCUGGUAUCUAUUUGUACAUACACUAAAUAAUUUUAAAAGACAAGAAUAUUUGAAAUUUUUUUGAAAGACAGUUUUAGUUUUAUCUUGCUUUAACCAAAUAUGAACUGUACCCCACAUUUACAGAUUUUUUUUUUUUUUUUUUUUUUACCCCAUAUCCUGGUUUUUGGUACAAAAUAAGCUAUAGAAAUUAAGCCAUUAUGGUGAUGAGUGUUCUUAGGCUAAUCUGAUAAUUUACAUCUUGUAAUUAAGAAAUACAGGGUUGAAACAGUAUGUUCAUCAGAAGAAAAAAUACUGCAUUUUCUCUUUCUUAUUUUUCCCCUCUGUGGAAUAUUUACUCUUCUAGCAUUUAUUUCUCAAGAAUUACUGACUUUAAAAGAAGCAAAGCACUACCAUUUUUCUUUCUAUACUGGUAUUUUUAAUGCUGCUUCUAGUUUUAAAAGGGAAAAAAGAUGCCAUAAGUCAAAAUUUACAAUACCGGAUGCUAAGAUCUUUCAUAUUUUUACUUUGAAUUUUUUUUUAAGUUUCUACCAUCCUAAGCAGAAAGAUUAUUUUCAGUUUCAUAAGAAACUUUAAGUAGAAAAAUUAUUUGUGGGUAUUCACUAGAAAAGUACUUUUUCUGCAUAGUGACAGUUUUGAUUAUGUCAUCAGUAAUGUUACAUGUUUCCUCUUUCAGAACAGUGCUGUAUAUACAAGUUGUUAUUGGCAAAGGAAAUCUGGCUAUUUGGCAGUAUUUUACCUAUGGGCAGAAAAAAUUAUUUAACUCUUAAGGUGUCUGUUAGUAAUUAGAAAAAGUUAUAUAGUGGUUUUAGUAGAAAAUUCAAAUCCUUCUGACUUAAUUUAAGGUUAAAUAAUACGUUUUUCAGCAUGCCUAUUAUAUAUAUAUACAUAUAUAUAUAUAUAUGUACAUGUAUAUAUAUGUAUAAUGUUUAGGUUUUAAGGAACACUUGUGGUUUCGUACCAAAAUACAUUUAGCUUAUUUUUUAGGAAGGGGAAAAGGGCUCUAUUCUGACAUUAGUAAAAUUUGUAUUUUAGUUCCUUUCCUUUAAGCUCCUCUGAUAGGGAAUUGUUUUAUCAAAAUUGUAUAUGUGUAGAUAAGAAGAGGCAUAAUUUUAGUGAUUUUCAAACCAAUGGAAACAAGCUAGUGGAAAUCCUAUAUGUAAGUGAAAGUAAAGGCAAAGCUGUUCCAGUUGAAUCGGGGAGGGCAAAGAAGAUUCAUUAAUUCACACUUGCACCUUUCCAUAGGUGGCUGUCUCAGAGCUCAGCUUGUAAACCACUGCAUACCCCACUGUGUGUAGUGGUGGGUCUUUGGGGAUCGUUGGGUUUUUUGAGAGUCUGAUGAAAGUUGCGGACUCUUUUCCCAGAAAAUUGCACAUUAACACACACACAUAUAAUGCUGCGUGCAGUCUUAGGGAUUCUGGACAUGUUGAAAACUGUCACAAACUUGGUUAAGGACCUCUGUCCUGUAAGAACACUGAUACACUAAACUCAGAACUUUGCUUUAAACUUACUGGUUAGUACUCAGAUUAGCACAUCUUGUAUAAACACUGAUAAUUUGUGAUGGAAAAAUUCUGUACAUGUGAUAACGUAUCCCUAGGAAUGCCUUUCUCGCGCUGGUACGGCACUAAGGCAUUUUAAACAUACACUUGAGGGCAUUGAAAUACAUGUUUGGCUUGUUACAGGCUUGAUACGGAAAUAUUUCUGAAGGACUUCUAAUCAUUAGAGAAUUGUAAGAAAAGGCACUACUGAGUUGGCAGUCUUCACUUCAUGGAACAUUUGAUUAGUCGUAUAAAAUCCUAUGCAAAACAAAAUAGUUCAAGAAUUUUUAGCUCACUACUCAAAUUUUAAGAUACCCCUCUGGCUCUUUGGCUUUUCUCAGUCAGAUUUAUUGAAAUUUCCACUUGGUUGUUUUACUUCUGGAUUGUGGUACAAUGCCGUAAGAACCAACUUUGUUACCUUCAUGUUCUAGGAAAACUAAGGUGCUGUCUCCUCCCCAUUUCUCCCCACAAAAUCUGUGUUGACACUACAAAUUGUGUGUUCUUUUAAAAUUUCCUCUGACGAUAUGAGCUUUCUGUGUUUAUCUAAAGCAAGCCUUUAGUGUCUGCAGUUCUAACAGUUUGGAUAUACUUAUUAGCUCUCCUAUUCCCAAACUAUAUCUGGUUCUUCUAGCAUAGAAUCUGGUGCUUCCUGACCAAAAAUAGGAGAACAACAUGAAAAAUCUAUAUGCUUUCAAUUGAAAUAGAGUGAAAACAUUGGUUAUACAUGUUUUCUUUUUAAAAUCAUUUUCCCACUCAUUUGAAAACUUGCUGUCUUUCUUAUACUUACCCCCUUUUUAUGUAUAUUAAUAGUAUUUAUAAAAUGUGUUCUAUAAUUAUGUAACUGUAGAUACUAUUAUGUAUUGUCCAGUGACAUCCUAAGGCAGGCCCUAUUGCUGUAUCUUUUCUACCUUAUUUGUAAUAGGAACCAUAGAAUGUAUGACUAAGAAGUCACUUUGAGAUUGACUUUUUAAAAAAGUUAUUACCUUCUGCUGUUGCAAAGUGCAAAACUGUGAGUGGAAAUGUUUUAUUCUGACUUAAUAAUAUGUUAGAAAUUAGAGAAUACAGUGGGAGGAUUUUUAGAUAUUGCUGCUGCUGUUACCUAAGGUACUUUAGAAAUUUUUUCUUUAAUAUACAAAAAAUAAACAAAAAUCCCUUUGGUAUUUAAAGUGAAACAUUUAUUUAGCCUGUUUGUUUUAAUCUAAAGCAAAACGUAAUUUGAGUCAACAUAUUGGUAUGUUUGUAAAGCGCCUUAAUAUAUCCCUUUGUGGAAGGCACUAUACCACAGUUUACUUUUAUAUUGUAUUGUGUAUAUAAGUAUUUUGUAUUAAAACUGAAUCAAUACAGUACUACAGUUUUAUAAAAUAAUGCUUUGUUAGGAAAAGGAAUUACAGCUUUGCAAUAUAACUAAAUUGUUUUGCAUACUUCUGAAUGUAAUAGAUAUGAAUAAUCAGCCUGUGUUUUUAAUGACUGUAUUUGUAUUUUCCCAAUCAUUUUCUCUAGUGUAACAUUUGCUGGAAUAAUAAUAAAAAAAGAAUUCAGAUCUUUCAA